UUUUAAGCUUCAGCCUCUUUUUUUAACAUGUUCAAAAUUGCUCUUUGAAUCACUGACUCAAAGUGAAAGGCAACAAACAUAUAAUAAUUAGGUUAUAAUUGUUUUACAAGUGUAUUCUUUUCAUUUGUUUUAGGAACAAGCACUGUAUGAAAAACAAUUAGAACAGUUAAAUAAGGAUAAUAUGACUUCACUAAGUAAGAAGAAACUCAAACUUAAAGAUGCGGAAUGUAAAUUCUCCAAAAUGAAGACUGCUUAUAAAGAGGUUACAACUGAAUUAGAAGAAUAUAAGGAAGCUUUUGCAAUAGCAUUGAAAGCUAACAAUUCCAUGUCAAAAAAAUUAACAAAAUUGAAUAAGAAAAUAGCAAUGAUCAACACCAAGCUCCUUAUGGAGAAAGAGCGGGUGAAAUAUUUUCUCAGCACUCUUCCUACAAGGCGAGACCCAGAGUCACCUUGUGUUGAAAAUCUUCCCAGUAUAGGACUCAACAGAAAAUAUAUUCCCCAAAUGCCCGUAAGAAUUCCUACUUCAAAUCCACAGACUUCAAAUAACUGCAAGAACGACUUGACUGAGCUGUUGCUGUGUUGGACACUUGCUCCCGUCUACUUUCUUCUCUAGAAUCCACCGGUAAGCCACAUCUAAUGAAGAGAAUAUUUAACCAUGAAAUCUUAAGGAAAAAUUGUAUGAUUUAAAAGAUUAUAAAACUUUAUUACUGGGCUAUUUACAGAACAUUUUAAUUGUUUCUCAUAAAAUAUUUAACAUUACAAUA